CAAUGAUAUGCAGAUCAGCUGUUGGAAGGGCGGGUCGAUCACGUGAUCACGCCAGUCCCGUCAGACAGAAUGAACCGGUGAGAGUCUCGCACGCCCUUGUGUUUCCUGCAUCUCUCUGUGUCUGUGGAUCUCAUGGCUGCUGUUUGGCAGCAGGUGCUGGCAGUGGACGCAAGGUACAAUGCUUACCGCACACCUACGUUCCCCCAGUUCCGCACGCAGUACAUCCGUCGGCGCAGUCAGCUGCUCCGUGAGAAUGCCAAGUGUGGCUUUGAGCCGGGGCUGCGCAGGCAGUAUCUGCGUCUGCGCAGUCAGUUGCUCGCCCUGCGUUACGGGCCUCUGUCAGAGCAGAGCAGCUUCAGAGCCAGCAGUGUGCGCAGUUCCCGCACCACACUGGAUCGCAUGGAGGACUUUGAGGAGGAUCCCAGGGCUCAGGGUGCCAGAGGCCACCGGAGAUCAGUAAGCCGUGGUUCAUACCAGUUGCAAGCCCAGAUGAACAGGGCGGUGUAUGAUGAAAGGCCUCCAGGUAGUCUGGUGCCCACAUCCGUGGCAGAAGCCAGUCGAGCCAUGGCAGGUGACACCACCCUCAGUGAGAACUACGCCUUUGCCGGCAUGCACCACAUCUUUGACCAGCAUGUCGACUCAGCUGUUCCUCGAUUGCAGUUUGCCAAUGAUGAUAAACACCUCCUCGCGUGCUGCUCGUUGGAUGGGACAUUGUCAAUCAUGACGCUGUCUCCGCCUCCACCAACUGUAAAGGUGACACUAAAGGGCCAUGCUGGUCCAGUCACUGACUUCGCCUGGUCGCUCAGCAAUGACAUCAUUGUGUCCACAUCGAAAGACGGCACUCUGCGUAUCUGGAACACAGAGGAUGGACGCUGCAUCCGAGAGGUGGUCGACCCAGAGGGCAGUGAGCUGCUGUGCUGCACUUUUCAGCCAAUGAACAACAACCUGACAGUGGUUGGCAACAGUAAACACCACCUGCAGGUGGUGAACAUCUCCACUGGGAAGAAAGUGAAAGGAGGUUCCAGUAAGCUCACUGGUCGAGUGCUUUCUCUCUCUUUUGAUGCUCCGGGGAGAAUCCUAUGGGCUGGUGAUGACAGGGGAAGCAUUUUCUCCUUCCUCUUUGAUAUGGCCACAGGAAAACUGACCAAAGCUAAGAGACUGGUGGUGAAUGAGGGCAGCUCUAUCUCUAGUAUCUCAGCCCGUUCGUGGAUCAGUCGAGAGGCACGUGAUCCGUCGUUGCUCGUCAACGCCUGUGUCAACAAACUACUGCUCUACAGGGUUGUGGAUAAUGAGGGGACUCUACAGCUGAAGAGGAGUUUCCCCAUUCAACACGGAUCCCAACCGCUGCACAGCAUCUUCUGUCCUCUCAUGUCUUUCAGACAGGGAGCCUGUGUUGUCACUGGCAGUGAGGACGCGUGCGUCUACUUUUUCGACGUCGAGCGCAACACUAAGGCCAUCGUAAACAAGCUGCAGGGCCACAGCGGGCCCGUCCUGGACGUGAGCUUCAACUGUGACGAAAGCCUGCUGGCCUCCUCUGACGCCACCGGAAUGGUGAUCAUCUGGAGACGGGAGCAGAAGUAACCACAGCAACUUUUAAGCUUUCGCUACCUUGGCAACAGCAUCUUCCGUGCAGGCUGGCUUGAAUCAUGUGCAAUGAAACUCCUACUGUAAAUGUCAAGAUGACUGAUGUGUUUCAAGUGAGUCUGAACUAAAUCAUGUGGACCAUGAAAGAAACUUGUGUCUUAACUUUGUUUUUAGGGCUGAUAUUUCUGUUUUUGUGGGAUGUGGAAUUCAUUAGUGAUUUGUGGUCAUAAAUGUGCAGCUUAAGAGAGGAGACGUUAAUAUAAUACUUUGUUCACCUUUGUGCAUUGUGUGUCUUAGUGAGUCUGUGUGAGAAUGUUGAGUCGGCGUGUCACUGAAGUUGCGUUCGCUUGCACAAUAACACUACUGUAUUUAUGCCUUGUUGAACUCAAUAAAUUUAAUCACACUAGCUGAAUUAACCUACA